AUGCAAUGCAUGAUGGCAGCAACAUUUAGAGUUGGUGCUGACUACCCAGCUGAGCAAUGUUUAACACCGGGUCAGUUUGCUUUAAGUACUAGUAUUCUGAAUUUCUUAUAUCUCAGUAUCUUGCAAGCUGUUCUUUCUUCCUCUUCCGUUGAUAAGAAAACAAAACUAGUACCCACCAUUUAUGAUCGUCUUGCCAUUGAAGAUUUAGCAGAUGUAUUUUUUGCUAGUUGCAAGCACUAA